GUGAUUAUGAAUGCGUGAACAAUGAAGGCAGUUUUGAGUGUCGUUGCCCGAAAGGGUACCGUGGCGAUGGGAAGAAGACUGGUGUAGAAGGUUGCAGGCGUGGUGAAUCGCUUAUACUAAGAAUCGUUGCAGGUUUUUUUAAUAUAUGUCUAAUCUUUCUUGUUCAUGAUGUAUGUUCGAAUAAGAUAUGUUAACUAACUUUUAUGCGUAAUUUGUUUUGGAUUCUUGAAAUUACAGGGAGUGCUGUAGGGGUGAUUGUUCUUUUAUUGUCUGUUUGCGUACUUUACUUGGAGCUCAAGCGACGAAGAUCUAACAAAGCAAAGGAAGAGUACUUCCAUCGGAAUGGUGGCAUGAUGUUGCUUGAAAAACUAGCUCGUAGAGGAAGAUCUCCAGACAUGGUCAAAAUCUUCACUUCAACCGAGCUGCAAAAGGCGACGAACGACUUCAAUAAUGACAUGAUCAUCGGCCAAGGUGGAUUCGGCACUGUGUACAAAGGAUUACUACAAGACAACACCAUAGUUGCUAUAAAAAGGUCCAAAAGAGUCGAUCCGAACCAAACCGAGCAAUUCAUAAACGAGGUGCUUGUUCUUUCUCAAGUCAACCACAGGAAUGUGGUCAGGCUUCUCGGUUGUUGCUUCGAAACCGAAGUGCCCCUUCUUGUUUACGAAUUCGUAGACAACGGCACACUUUCUUCGCACGUGCACAAUCGAGACAAGGCCCGUUAUCUUAAUUGGGAGACUCGUUUAAGGAUAGCUGCAGAAACUGCCGGUGUGCUCUCGUACCUACACUCUGCAGCUGCUACUCCAAUCAUACAUAGAGAUGUGAAAUCAGACAAUAUUCUCUUAGACCACACUUUCACAGCUAAAGUGGCCGAUUUCGGAGCUUCGAGAUUGGUUCCUGUGGAUCAUACUCAGCUGUCUACUGUGGUGCAAGGCACGUUCGGAUAUCUUGAUCCUGAAUAUCUUCAAACGAAUCAAUUGACCGAGAAAAGCGAUGUCUAUAGUUUCGGAGUUGUACUAUUGGAGCUACUAACCGGUAGGGGGGCAAUACGGUUUGACAAACCGGAGGUUGAGAAGAAUCUGUCUUACUUCUUUCUUUCAUUGCUAAAGCAAGAUCGAAUACUCGAAAUUGUCGAUGAUAGUAUUGUGGGAGAUAAUUAUGAGCAGAUAAUGGAAGUUGCUAAGCUGGCAAAAGGGUGCUUAAAUGUGAAAGGUGAAGAUAGGCCUAGUAUGAAGGAGGUGGCUAUGGAGUUGGAAGGUUUGCUCGGUGGAAAACAUGCGUGGGCCCGGAAAGGGGAAGAUGGAGAAGAGACGGAAUCUUUGCUUCGUGAUCGAUUGAACGAAUUUGUUGCUAAUGAUGGUGGUGAUGGUAGUUAUAGCACAAGUACUGCUGCUGGAUAUGAUAGCAUUAGAGAUCAGAUUGUUGUACUUGUACCAACAUUGGGUGGUGGGAGAUAGAUAAUAUUUUGAUGUCUUAAGUUCAGUUCUUUGUAUUGUUUGAGUUUGAUUUUCUGUUGAUGCUUUGAUUAUGCCUAGGUGUGAUGUUUCUAGAUUUAUUUGUAAUAAACUUUGUACAAUAAUAAUAGCAUUGGGUGUUAAUAUA